UUUAUUUUUUCCUUUCUCUACAUGCCCUGCUAGUUUUGAAUCAAUCCAUCUAUUGUUGUUCUUCGCUUCGUCGUCUUUAUCAUUUCUUUUUCUUUUCCUUUCCACUCACUGGCUAGAAAAACCAGAUUUCUAUCAGAUCUGUAAAUUUUAUUUUUAAACUCAUCUGUUUACGCUCAAAUGCGCCUGAUUUUGGCGGCUUAACUUCACUUUUCAUUUUGUUUCUUCGUUUGCCGAAAGUUUCCAAAUAAUGAUGAUCUUCGGCCCGAUCACUCCCGGUCAGGUUUCGUUUUUUCUCGGCGUAUUUCCGGUGAUUUCAGCUUGGAUCUAUGCAGAAUACUUGCAAUACAAGAAAAAUUCACUUGCAUCCAAGGCUAGGCAUUCUGAUGUGAGUUUAGUCGAAAUUGGAAAUGUUGCCGUUAAGGAGGAAGAUAGAGCGGUUUUACUGGAAGGCGGAGGUCUUCAAUCUGGUUCUCCUAAAGCGCGGUCUUCAACAUCUUCCGUGUCUCCAAUUCUCAAGUUUAUUAUGAUGGAUGAGACUUUCUUGAUUGAGAAUCGGUUGACACUUCGAGCAAUAUCUGAAUUCGGUGUUCUUUUGGCAUACUAUUACAUAUGCGACCGUACUGAUGUAUUUGCCUCUUCGAAAAAGAGUUACAACCGGGAUCUUUUCUUGUUCCUCUACUUUCUUCUCAUCAUAGUUUCGGCAAUAACUUCAUUCAAGAUACACCAUGAUAAGUCACCAUUUUCAGGGAAAUCUAUACUUUAUUUGAACAGACAUCAAACUGAGGAGUGGAAAGGUUGGAUGCAGGUCUUAUUUUUGAUGUACCAUUACUUUGCAGCAUCAGAGAUUUACAAUGCUAUCCGAAUUUUCAUUGCUGCUUAUGUUUGGAUGACUGGAUUUGGGAACUUCUCAUAUUAUUAUGUGCGCAAAGAUUUCAGUCUUGCAAGGUUUGCACAGAUGAUGUGGCGGCUCAAUUUCUUGGUAUUUUUUUGCUGUGUUGUCCUCAAUAAUAGUUAUAUGCUGUACUAUAUAUGCCCCAUGCAUACUCUAUUCACUCUUAUGGUUUAUGGGGCACUUGGUAUUCUGAACAAGUACAAUGAGAAAGGGUCAGUCAUUGCUCUAAAAAUCAUUGCCUGCUUCUUGGUGGUUAUCUUAGUCUGGGAAGUGCCUGGAGUAUUUGAACUUCUCUGGAGCCCGUUCACCUUUUUCCUUGGAUAUACUGAUCCGGCAAAGCCAAACCUUCCCCUCUUGCAUGAAUGGCAUUUCCGCUCAGGCCUUGAUCGUUAUAUUUGGAUUAUUGGGAUGAUAUAUGCAUAUUACCAUCCAACUGUUGAACGAUGGAUGGAAAAACUCGAGGAAACUGAGGUGAAGCGGCGAGUAUCAAUUAAAAUAGCUGUGGCAAUAAUAGCCCUGAUGGUGGGAUUUCUAUGGUUCGAGCACAUUUACAAGCUUGACAAGGUCACCUACAAUAAAUACCACCCUUACACGUCAUGGAUCCCGAUAACUGUGUAUAUAUGUUUAAGAAAUGUUACUCAAUCCUUCCGAAGCUACAGUUUAACCCUUUUUGCAUGGCUUGGAAAGAUUACACUGGAGACCUAUAUCUCGCAGAUUCACAUCUGGCUAAGAUCCGGGGUUCCAGAUGGUCAGCCUAAGCUGCUCCUUUCUCUGAUCCCAGAUUACCCAAUGUUGAAUUUCAUGCUUACGACUUCCAUAUACCUUGCAAUUUCUUACAGACUCUUUGACUUGACAAAUAUACUGAAAUCAGCUUUUGUACCUACCAAAGACAACAAGCGCCUUCUCCACAACUUGAUUACUGGUGUUGUAGUCUCGAGCAUAGUAUACUCUCUCUCUUUCGUGUUCCUAAGAAUCCCUCAGAUGUUGGUGUGAGAACUAUAAAUAUAGAGAUAGUAGGAGGCAGCCACCAUGACCUUGUUCAUCACUGUGUCUUUGGAAGUAUUUUCCUUCACAAUGGAAACGUAAAAUUGCAGAAUUCAAUAGGAGAAUACGUCUCCUUGAUCAGAUCAUGCGGAAUCUCGGAACAUGGAAGGUUAAAGUCGGUAUAAAACCUCCAAUUUGAGGUUGGUUAUUUUUGGUCACUAUUAUUGUUUUCUAAACACACGAUAUAGUUACUACAUGAUUCGUUACCAUGUCUAAAACGUACACAUAUUGGUUUGCAUUACAUCCAUCUUAUUAAAUAAAGAUUUGCCUUUAAUUAA